CCCUUUUAAAAUGGACUAUUUUUAGUUAUAAUAUUCGACAAUUGACAUGUAACAUUUAAUAUAUGAUGAUAUAUGAUAAUCGACAAAAUAGUGUUGCUAAUGACUACAUCAGCAUAAUCUUCACUGCGACUAACGUUUGCAAAAAUAGACCACAAUUACGUAUGUGCUUAAUUAAAUUUUGCCUACCUAACAAGUUUUUUUUUUUCUAUUUAAAUUACCCAAGAACUGGCUUUUGGGUUUCUCAAAUCAUUCAUGACCCAUGCCAUAAAAUUUAAAUAUGCUGUAUUAUUUACAUGCUGAUUCAAAAUAAACUGACUAUUAUCCUCUUGUUGUUUGGCAAACAAUUUGACUUAUUUUAUUUCGUUAAACUCAUUAGAUCUCAAUCUCAUACUGCUUGAAUAUGUCAAUCUACGCUUCAUGAAUUAAAGCUUAUACUACUUUAUAAUAUUAUUCAACUUAUUCUUAUUAGUAGAUUGAAGAAUUCACAAAAGCAUCCAUAUGAUUCACCGCCACAACAUAUAACCUAAACCUAGAUCAUUUUUAAGUGUUCCCAAGAAUACUAAACUAUUUACAUGAUCAACUUGUUGAUAUGAAUAUUGCGUGAAUUUUAUUUAAUUCAAGAAAGGGAGGCUGCCUGAAAGAAUUGAAUCCAAUAAAAUGAAUGUGUGCCACGUGGAAUUCUUACCCUGAUAUUAUUUUUUAAAUUACUAUUCGCGGUGGAUAUGAUUGGGGAAACUUCAAACUAUGCAUUGGCCUAUUUAAGAAAAUUUCAACACACAAACCUAACACUUUAAAGUUAACUACUACUAUUGCAUUUGCAUGCUAAUUUAAAUGCUUCUUAACUACACAUUGAUCUCCUUGGGAUUUGGUAAAAAGCCGAAAAUAUUGCCAGUGAACAGAAAACCAUGACUAUUCAUGACUAUCAAUGGAAGAUAAAAGACAUAAGAAACAAUUUUACAUGUAAAUAACACCAUAAAUGCAUUGGUUCAACUUCAAUUCGGUUCGUAAUCAGAAAAAAAUAAAUUAUAAUCAAAACUAGAUACUGCACUCCCUGAUUUUUUAAUAAAUCAAAGAUUUUGGUACAUUUUUACUGUAAUUUUGCCUUACAUCAAUGUAAUUAAUUAUUCUUAUUUUUCUCUAGUAGACCUCUUUGGAAAACGUUAAUUGUAGUCUACACAAGAAACAAAACAGUACACCACUUAAGAAUAAAAUAAAGAAAAAGAAUCUUAAAGAAUGAAGAAAAAGAAUUAACUAUAAUUAAUUAAACCUUGACCGUCCCUUUUAAUCAUCCAACGGCUAACGCUUCUCGUGACCAAAGAGUUAAAAAAAAUCCCAGAAAUUCAUAUAAAUAUUGUGGCAUUUUGCGCGUUUUCUCAUUUUAUUUUUAAUUUUCUGAGUUUCACGAAUCCAAAAAAGAAAAAAAAAAGCAAAGAACUUUAAUUUUCAUUCGAAUCAUUCCCGAUCCUUUUUCUGGGCUCAUCAUCUUCCCCCAAAAAUCCAGUCUUUUUAGAAGAGAAAGUUGGUAAAAGAAACCCAUUUGAAUAUAUGGUUAAUCCCAACCCAAAGUCUCAACCUUUAAUCCCCAAAUCUGGAAUAAAGUUUUCUACUUUUAGUAAAAAUUAGUUCCCUCUUCAAGUUGCAGAGAUUAGCAAGUGAAAGAGAUGGUGUCACAUGAAGAGAACACAAGUAUUGUGGAAUGGUUUCUUGGUCCUAAUCCAUUCACGUAUCCUCCUUAUGGAGUUGAGAUGAUUCAUGACGAAGAAGAAGCUUAUCAUCAUCAUCAUCAUCAGACUGGUGAGUAUUACAGAGAGUAUGAAGAAGAUCAUCGUAGUAGCAGCGAUGUAGAUAAUGAUGAGAUCAUUGCUAGAACUCUCCAAGACGAUUUUUUGCAGCUUCAAAUCGCAGAGGAAAAUAAUAACGGUUAUGCGCAACAGCAACAACAACAACAUCAAGAAGGUUAUACUAACAACUAUAACAAUAACAAUAACGAAUAUGGCUGGAACGAGCAACCAGCUUUGGAGUACUCUUCAGAAUGGGUAGGGAAUGAUAAUGAUCAAGGCUGUGAUUCGCCAAAUAUAUUUUCUUGUUCAAGCCCGAGUGAUACGGAUGAGUAUGUGUACUCGUGGGAGUCAGAUCAGUGUGAGGCUGAUGGUGAAUUUGGGAGGAGGUUGAAUCAAAUGGUCCCUAUUCCUUAUGUACCGAAAAUAAAUGGAGAGAUACCUCCUGAAGAAGAAGCAGUUUCAGAUCAUGAAAGACUUCGGAAUAGGUUAGAGUUGUUUGACUUUGCUGAGGUCAGAGUUCCCGGGGAUGGUAAUUGCCAGUUUCGUGCUUUAGCUGAUCAACUAUACAAAACCGCCGAUCGUCACAAAUAUGUUAGACGACAAAUAGUCAAGCAGCUCAAAGCUAGUCCAGAGUCUUAUGAAGGAUAUGUGCCUAUGAAGUUCUCUGAUUAUCUAAGGAAGAUGUCUCGGAGCGGCGAGUGGGGAGAUCAUGUUACAUUACAGGCAGCUGCAGAUGUGUAUCGGGUGAAGAUAGUAGUGCUAACAUCAUUCAAGAAUACAUGUUAUAUCGAAAUUCUUCCUACCUCUCAAGAAUCCAAAGGAGUAAUUUUCUUGAGCUUCUGGGCAGAGGUUCAUUACAACUCCAUCUACUUGAACAGAGAUACAUCUACAACAGAACUACAGAGGAGGAAAAAGUGGUGGCGUUUUGGAAACUAGAUAGAUUAUGGCAUCAUCAUCACUGGCUAUAUUAAUAUUUAUUGACUUGAGAGUGAGAGUGAAGAGAGAGAAUGAACAAAGCUCAUAGCUUCAAAGUCUUACAAUAAUGUUAACUUUCUUUUUUAAAAGAAAGGGUUCAAUGUUAACAAAUUUAAAUAAUAAAAAACUCAACAUUUUUGUCUUCUGAAAGCAAAUGUAGUUUCUAAUUCAUUAAAGUUCUCA